AUGGACAAUUUACAGCAGGCAAACAUUGGACCAACCAGGAGCACUUCUGAAAAGCAGCGGCCACCACCUAUCUCGCCCUCUGAGUUUGCGGAACUCUUUGGAGGAACGUUCCGUUCGAAUGCUGUGGCCAUGGUGCGACGCCAACCCAAUUUCGACCACACCAAGAUGGACGACGUCGAACUGCUGUUCUGGGGCCGAUACUACGGUGCCUACGAUGGCACUAACAUCACAGAUAACGAAGCGACGGAGGAGCUCCGGAAGCAUGCGAAGACGAUCCUCGACUAA